CGAUGCAUCGAUAUUUUACCGACAUUCCUAAAGAAAACCAGCCUAAUUUUUUCAACACCCGGCCGUUUUCCGUUUUUCCCGCGCGUGCAGACAUAACGUUGAAAUUUUGGAAACAUCUGAAGUGCAGUCUAUUAGAAUCACCAGAAGAAAGUAUAUGUUUGGCCAAAAUACGAAAAGAUCAGCAGAAACCGUCAUUAAAAUCAAGGCGCAAAAGUUAAAUUUUACUAAUUCCAUCCGGAUGAUAGCCGGCGUGUCAUCCUAGUGAAAUUCGUAAAAAGGCUAAAAAAUUAGUUUCACCGCACACUGUUUCUGCGGAUAGUGCAACCAUACAAGCAGUAAAUUUCUCAAAUUUCAUUUAAUAAUAAUUAAGAAUAUGCCGCGAAUUGCCGUACGCAGAAAGGCUCCUACCCCCUCAAAUAGUAGCAGCAACAACAAUGAGGAAUUAGAUGCCCCGAAGCGAAAAUGGCAACGUAUAGCUUUUCUACUGCCAUUACCUGAGCGGCCAAACGUGGUGGGGCGUGCUUUAGUGUGCGGGCAAGGUGAUAUGGGUCAACUCGGUCUCGGCGACGAUGAGUCGAAAUUCGAACGCAAAAGACCCGCUCUAGUAGAUUCUAUAGAGAAUGUGGUAGACGUGCGGGCGGGCGGUAUGCACAAUCUCGUUUUGACGCACGAAGGCAUUGUUUACUCGUUCGGUUGUAAUGAUGAAGGUGCUUUGGGCCGUGAUAGCAGCGAAGAUGGUUCGGAAUUUGAACCUCAUCCAGUUGACCUACCUGGAAAAGUACUUAAAAUUUCAGCAGGUGAUUCACAUUCGGCCAGUUUGCUGGAAGAUGGUCGCGUUUUUGCAUGGGGCUCCUUCCGCGACUCACAUGGAAAUAUGGGUUUGACACUUGAAGGAAAUAAGCGUCUUCCCAUUGAUGUUUUGCCAGGCACCAAAUGCUGCGACAUCGCUUCCGGGGCUGACCACUUAGUAAUACUUACAUGUGCCGGAAAGGUCUACACUGUUGGUUGUGCUGAACAAGGCCAAUUAGGGCGUGUAUCGUUGCGGUCAGCUUCCGGCGAAAGUCGCCGUGGUAAAACAGAAUUGCUUCGUCCGGGAGAAGUCGUCAUCAAACGUGGCAAACCAAUCGAGGCUAUAUGGGCCACAAAUUACUGCACAUUCUUGCGGGAAUCGCAAACUGGUAAAAUUUGGGCAUUCGGACUGAACAAUUAUAAGCAGUUGGCAUAUGCCAAAGACCUUGCAACUAUUAUUAAACCUAUUGACACGAAAUUCCAAAAUAUUAAACAAAUUGCUGGCGGACAGCAUCAUACAUUACUACUUAAGAAUGACGGCACAUGUUAUUCUAUUGGGCGCAGCGACUAUGGCCGCCUUGGACUCGGAAGUGUGAGUAGUGACAUCAAGGAGCUGCAGUUUAUAAAAAGUUUGGCGGACAAAUUUGUUGUUUAUGUGUCUUGUGGUGAGGCACAAUCUUUUGCAUUAACUGACGACGGUAAACUGUACUCGUGGGGGAUGGGUUCCAAUUACCAGCUAGGAACUGCGUCUGAUGAUGAUGCACUAGAACCCGUACAAAUUAUAAGCAAACAAACGGAAGGUAAAAGAAUUAUUCGUGUGUCCAGCGGAGGGCAGCACAGUAUAUUUUUGGUCGAAAGCGAAGUGCAGCCACCAAAGCCAUCGAAAACAGAAUUAGGUAAAUCAGUCGGUCAAUUGAAGAAAGCAGCACCAGCGGUAGCUGUCCAGGAUAAAGAAAUCAAACCACCAAAAGCUAAAGAUGAGGAAAAACUAUCAACAGACACUGAGGAUUCGACAAAGGCGAAUGGCGAUGCUAGUCCAGAGGAAAUCCAAGCUGCCGAUACAAAGGAGCUAGAAAAGCAAACAUCUGAAAACAAUGAAACUGGGAAAGGUCCUGCGAAACGUGGGCGUAAAAAGAAAUAAAAAAUCUCUGAGAAUCACAACUGAGAGAAUUGAGCUUGUUUUUUAUACUUUUUGUUUAAAUAUAGUUUUCCCGUCUGUUGACUGUUAAUAAAAUAUAACGUAAAUCACUUAGUUACGACUAGAGCCCACACCAGCAUAAGCUGAUGUGAUGUUCUCUACAUUAUUAUUUGUAUUGAUUGAUUUCUUAUUAUAAUUAUUAUGCAAUUAAACAUAAUAAGACUUGGAAGAACAAGAAAUACUUAUUGUAGUAUUUGUACAUCUCAUAUGUAGUUCAUUUUUGGGUUUUUAAUAAAGCAUAACUAAAAUAAACAGAUUA